CCACAGCGUCUGCCUCUCUACCCUCACCGCAGCCCCGCCAUGUCACGCACCUCGGCGCACACGCCCCUGCCGGCGCUCUCGGCGCCGCUCACGCUGCCGCUCAAGGCGCGCGUGUAUGCGCGCCAGUACGCCGCCCUCUACCACUUCCGCCUGCGCCGCCUCGCCCACGCCAACGGCCGCCUGCGCAAGCGCGCCACGCAGGGCUGGCGCCUCGGCAGCGGCGCCGCAGAGGGCAAGAGCAAGAGCACGAGCAAGCGCAAGGAUGACGCCGACGACGAGGGCGAGGGCUCGGCGGCCGGCGCGCACAUGCUCGAGCGCCUCCUCGACAUCCGCCCGGGCCAGAUGGUGGCCGUGUGCGGCGUCGUGUACUGCAACAUGCGCCUCAAGCCCGACGUGCUCGAGGACCUCACGCGCGAGCAAUACCUGCCGCCCAUGCCUACGCGGACAACGUACGCCGAUGCUGCGACCGACGAGGUGUUCCUGGAGGACGAGAGUGGACGGGUGCGGCUUGUGGGCGAUGGCGAAUGGCGUGCGAUGCUCGUCACAGGCAUCGUGUGCGCCGUGCUCGGCACCGAGACGCGAGCCGGGGACUUUGACGUGGCCGAUGUCAUUUUUCCCGGCCUGCCUCCGCCGACUGCAGGCCCGAGCACAAGCUCGGCAGACAAGGUGAAGACAGAGGCUGGCAGCAGCAGCGAGGGGCCCGAGGCCGGCGGCUGGGUCGCCCUCGUGUCUGGCCUCGAGGUGGGCGAUGGCACCGGGCAGGAGGAGAUCGGCGAGGACUGGACGACGAACGCGCUGCGGGGCGAGAUGCUCGCCGAGUGGCUGCGCGGCGAGAUUGGCGAUGAGGAGGAACGCGAGCUUGCGUCUCAAGUGAGCGCACUCGUCAUUGCUGGCAACUCGUGCGCGGCACCGGCAGCGCCGAAGACCGUCGAGAACAAGGCUGGCAAAGCCCGCGUCAUCUCUACCACUGCCCUCGACGCACUCCUCGCCGAGCUCGCGAGCGCCAUGGACGUCUUCAUCCUGCCCGGGCCCAACGACCCGGCCUCGCUCUCGCUGCCUCAGCAGGCUCUGCAUUCCGCGCUGCUGCCGCGCGCCUCACGAUGGAGCGGCCUGCACCGCGAGACGAACCCGGCGUGGUGCGGCGUCGGCGGCUGCACACUGCUCGGCACCGCCGGGCAGAACGUCAACGACCUGUUCAAGUACGUCGAGCAGGCUGAGGAGAGCGACCGGCUGCGGAUGGCCGAGCGCACGCUCGAGUGGGGCCACGUCGCGCCGACAGCGCCCGACACGCUGUGGUGCUUCCCAUUCACCGACCGCGACCCGUUCCUCAUCGAGGCAGCGCCGCACAUCUACUUUAUCGGCGACCAGCCGAGCUUCCAGACCAGCCUCGUCUCCCAUGCCGAGGGCCAUGAUACCCGCGUCGUGCUGCUGCCCAGCUUCCGCGAGACGGGCACCGUCGUGCUCGUGCACACCAGCACGCUCGAGGUGCGCUGCGUCCAGCUGGACCUGCAGCUGUGAUGACAUACCUGCACAACACUGUCGACGGCUUCCAAGGGGGCGGCCACUCUGCUCUGGUCUGUCGAGGCGCAGCCGCUCGCGCAGUCAUCCCGUCGUCAAAGGAGCGCAGAGGGCCGUGCUUGUCCUGCGCUUCCGCUUCACCCAGCGCUCCUGUCUGUCCUGCAUCUCCCGCUUCUUCUGCCUCGCACCUGUCUCGCGUACCGUGUCGCGUUCAGCAGCUGGCAUUGCUGUGCUGCUCGAGCACAGAUCCCCUGAGCUCCCUCCGCAUCUAGUCCCUUCCCGCCGGUAUCCUCCUCCAUCCUUGCCUUUAGAAGGGCUUGUCGGAGUCCGGCGUCUUGUCUGCAAGCACGAGCGCGUCAGCGGUGAGCGUGACGAGGCACAG